AUGGCCUCAUCCUCAGGCCAGCCUGGUCAAGGAAAGAAGAUUGGACACAGAGGGGUGGACGCAUCAGGGGAGACUACUUAUAAGAAGACCACAUCAUCAGCCUUGAAAGGUGCCAUCCAGCUGGGCAUCGGUUACACAGUGGGUAACCUGAGCUCCAAGCCUGAAAGAGAUGUGUUAAUGCAGGACUUUUACGUGGUGGAGAGCAUCUUUUUCCCCAGUGAAGGGAGCAACCUUACUCCAGCCCAUCAUUUCCCGGAUUUCCGCUUUAAAACGUACGCUCCUGUGGCCUUCCGCUACUUCAGAGAACUGUUUGGCAUCAGGCCGGAUGACUACCUGUACUCCCUGUGCAACGAGCCUCUGAUCGAGCUAUCCAAUCCUGGAGCGAGUGGCUCAGUCUUCUACCUUACAAAGGACGAUGAGUUCAUCAUCAAGACUGUGAUGCACAAGGAGGCUGAAUUCUUACAGAAGCUGCUGCCUGGAUACUACAUGAACUUGAAUCAGAACCCUCGCACUUUGCUGCCCAAGUUUUUCGGCCUCUACUGUGUCCAGUCAGGUGGCAAGAACAUCCGUGUGGUUGUUAUGAACAAUGUCCUCCCCCGCGUGGUGCGCAUGCACCUCAAGUACGACCUGAAGGGAUCCACCUACAAGAGGCGAGCGUCCAAGAAGGAGAGGGAGAAGGCCAGGCCCACCUUCAAAGACCUGGACUUCAUGCAAGACUUGCAGGAUGGCCUGAUGAUGGACCAGGACACUUGCAAUGCCCUGACCAAGACCCUGCAGAGAGACUGCCUGGUGCUGGAAAGCUUUAAGAUCAUGGACUACAGCCUGCUGCUUGGGGUCCACAACAUCGACCAAGCGGAGAGGGAGAGGCAGAUGGAGGGCUCCCAGGGUGACAGCGAUGAGAAAAGGCCCGUGGCCCAGCAGAAGGCUCUGUACUCCACAGCCAUGGAGUCCAUCCAGGGGGGAGCUGCCUGCGGAGGGUCUAUUGACACAGACGACACGAUGGGCGGUAUCCCCGCCGUUAGCGGAAGAGGAGAAAGGCUUCUUCUCUUCAUCGGAAUCAUCGACAUCUUGCAGUCUUACAGGUUAAUCAAGAAGUUGGAACACACGUGGAAGGCUUUGGUUCAUGACGGGGACACUGUAUCGGUCCACCGGCCAGGAUUCUAUGCCGACAGAUUCUUGAAGUUCAUGAGCACCACAGUUUUCAAGAAGAGCUCCUCUUUGAAGUCCUCUCCGUCAAAGAAGGGUCGUGUGUCCUUGACGGUGCCCAAGUGUGGUGGUCCUGGUGCAGCUUGGUCAGCCAGCCAGCUGCCCUCUGAGAGAGACGAGAAUAUCUACGACCUGAGAGGAGCUCGCAGCUUCCCAACGCUGGAGGACGAGGGGAGACCAGAUCUUCUUCCAUGUACUCCUCCAUCAUUCGAGGAGGCCACUACAGCAUCAAUUGCCACUACGCUGUCCUCCACCACCUCUUUGUCCAUUCCUGAGAGAUCUCCCUCUGACACGGCCGAACACCCCCGCUACAGGAGGCACACCCAGUCGCUUAGCCAUGACGGGAGGACCCAGGAGGAGCUGCGUGUGCGUGAGGAGGAUCAGCAGACCAUCACAGUGGAGGUGGAGCUGAAGAGACACGACAGUGAGCCCACCAUCUCUGUUCCUCAGCCCUCCCCUGAAAUCAGGUACUCCAACAACACAAGGAUAAACACUAUGUAA